AUGUGGCGCGCGGAGGGGAAAUGGCUGCCGAAAACAAGCCGGAAGAGCGUUUCCCAAAGUGUAUUCUGCGGAACUAGCACCUACUGUGUUCUCAACACCGUGCCACCUCUAGAAGAUGAUCAUGGGAACAGCAAUAGUAGUCAUGUAAAAAUCUUUUUACCGAAAAAGCUGCUUGAAUGUCUGCCGAAAUGUUCAAGUUUACCCAAAGAGAGGCACCGAUGGAACACUAAUGAGGAAAUUGCAGCUUAUUUAAUAACAUUUGAGAAACACGAAGAAUGGCUAACCACCUCCCCUAAGACAAGACCCCAGAAUGGCUCCAUGAUUCUCUACAACAGGAAGAAAGUGAAAUACAGGAAAGAUGGGUAUUGCUGGAAAAAGAGGAAAGAUGGCAAAACGACCAGAGAGGACCACAUGAAACUGAAGGUCCAGGGAGUGGAGUGCUUGUACGGCUGCUAUGUCCAUUCCUCCAUCAUCCCCACCUUCCACCGGAGGUGCUACUGGCUCCUUCAGAACCCCGACAUCGUCCUGGUGCACUACCUGAACGUGCCGGCCAUCGAGGACUGCGGCAAGCCCUGCGGCCCCAUCCUCUGCUCCAUCAACACCGACAAGAAGGAGUGGGCGAAAUGGACAAAGGAGGAGCUCAUUGGGCAGCUGAAGCCCAUGUUCCACGGCAUCAAGUGGACGUGCAGCAAUGGGAACAGCAGCUCGGGCUUCUCCGUGGAGCAGCUGGUGCAGCAGAUCCUCGACAGCCACCAGACCAAGCCGCCACCGCGGACUCACAACUGCCUCUGCACCGGCAGCCUGGGAGCGGGCAGCAGCGUGCACCACAAGUGUAACAGUGCCAAACACCGCAUCAUCUCGCCGAAGGUGGAGCCGCGGGCGGGGGGGUACGGGGGCCACGCGGAGGUGCAGCACAAUGACGUGUCGGAGGGCAAGCAGGAGCACAGCCACCACGGCAAGGGCUCGAGUCGAGAGAAGAGGAACGGCAAGGUGGCCAAGCCCGUGCUGCUGCACCAGAACAGCACGGAGGUCUCCUCUACCAACCAGGUGGAGGUCCCCGACACCACCCAGAGCUCCCCCGUGUCCAUCAGCAGCGGGCUCAACAGCGACCCUGACAUGGUGGACAGCCCCGUGGUCACGGGCGUGUCCAGCAUGGCGGUGGCGUCCGUGAUGGGGAGUUUGUCCCAGAGCGCCACGGUGUUCAUGUCCGAGGUCACCAACGAGGCCGUGUACACCAUGUCCCCCACCGCCGGCCCCAACCACCACCUCCUCUCGCCCGAUGCCUCUCAGGGCCUCGUCCUGGCCGUGAGUUCCGACGGCCAUAAGUUCGCCUUCCCCACCACGGGCAGCUCGGAGAGCCUGUCCAUGCUGCCCACCAACGUGUCCGAAGAGCUCGUCCUCUCCACCACCCUCGACGGGGGCCGGAAGAUUCCAGAAACCACCAUGAACUUUGACCCCGAUUGUUUCCUCAAUAACCCAAAGCAGGGCCAGACGUAUGGGGGCGGAGGCCUGAAAGCCGAGAUGGUCAGCACCAAUGUCCGGCACUCGCCACCCGUGGAGAGGGGCUUCGGCUUCACCACCGUCCUGACCAAGGAGAUCAAGACCGAGGACACCUCCUUUGAGCAGCAGAUGGCCAAAGAAGCCUACUCCUCGUCCGCGGCGGCUGCAGCGUCCAGCUCCCUCACCCUGAGCGCCGGCUCCAGCCUCCUGCCUUCGGGUGGCGGCCUGAGCCCCAGCACCACGCUGGAGCAAAUGGACUUCAGUGCAAUAGACUCCAAUAAGGACUACACGUCCAGCUUCAGCCAGACGGGCCACAGCCCCCACGUCCACCAGACCCCUUCCCCGAGCUUCUUCCUGCAGGAUGCCAGCAAGCCCCUCCCCAUCGAGCAGAAUGCCCACAGCAGCUUGAGUGACUCUGGGGGCACAUUCGUGAUGCCCACGGUGAAAACGGAGGCCUCGUCACAGACCAGCUCCUGCAGCGGCCACGUGGAGACGCGGAUCGAGUCCACAUCCUCCCUCCACCUCAUGCAGUUUCAGGCCAAUUUCCAGGCCAUGGCGACGGAAGGGGAGGUCACCAUGGAGACCUCACAAGUGGCUGAAGGCAGUGAGGGCCUGAUCAAGUCCGGGGAGCUGCAGGCCUGUAGCUCUGAGCACUACCUGCAGCCAGAGCCCACCGGGGUGAUCCGUAGUGCCGGGGGCGUCCCCCUCCUCCCGGGAAAUGUGGUGCAGGGGCUCUAUCCCGUGGCCCAGCCCGGCCUUGGCAACACCUCCAACAUGGAGCUCAGCCUGGACCACUUUGACAUCUCCUUCAGCAACCAGUUCUCCGACCUGAUCAAUGACUUCAUCUCCGUGGAGGGGGGCGGCGGCACCAUCUACGGGCACCAGCUGGUGUCGGGGGAUGGCACAGCGCUCUCGCAGUCGGAGGAUGGGGCCCGCGCCCCCUUCACCCAGGCUGAGAUGUGCAUCCCUUGCUGUAGCCCCCAGCAGGGGGGCCUGCAGCUGAGCAGCGCCGAGGGCGGGGCCGGCACCAUGGCCUACAUGCAUGUCGCUGAGGUGGUCUCGGCCGCCUCGGCCUCGGGCACCCUGGGGAUGCUGCAGCAGAGCGGACGGGUGUUCAUGGUGACCGACUACUCCCCAGAGUGGUCUUACCCGGAGGGAGGAGUGAAGGUUCUCAUCACAGGCCCUUGGCAAGAAGCCAGCAAUAAUUACAGCUGCCUGUUCGACCAGAUCUCAGUGCCUGCGUCCUUGAUUCAGCCCGGCGUGCUGCGUUGCUACUGCCCAGCCCAUGACACUGGUCUUGUGACCCUACAAGUUGCCUUCAACAACCAGAUCAUCUCCAACUCGGUGGUGUUUGAGUACAAAGCUCGGGCCCUGCCCACACUCCCGUCCUCCCAGCACGACUGGCUGUCACUGGACGAUAACCAGUUCAGGAUGUCCAUCCUGGAGCGGCUGGAGCAGAUGGAGAGGAGGAUGGCAGAGAUGACCGGGUCGCAGCAGCACAGGCAGGGGAGCGGCGGAGGCGGCAGCGGCGGGGGCACGGGGAGCAGCAGCGGAGGCGGCCAGGCCCAGUGCGCGUCCGGCCCCGGGACACUGGGCAGCUGCUUCGAGAGCCGCGUGGUUGUUGUGUGUGAGAAGAUGAUGAGCCGAGCCUGCUGGGCAAAGUCCAAGCAUCUGAUCCACUCAAAGACUUUCCGUGGGAUGACCCUCCUCCACCUGGCCGCUGCCCAGGGUUACGCCACCCUCAUCCAGACCCUCAUCAAGUGGCGCACAAAGCAUGCAGACAGCAUUGACUUGGAACUGGAGGUCGACCCCUUGAAUGUAGACCACUUCUCCUGUACUCCUCUGAUGUGGGCGUGUGCUCUCGGGCACUUGGAAGCAGCUGUCGUGCUGUACAAGUGGGACCGUCGGGCCAUCUCUAUUCCAGACUCUCUAGGAAGGCUGCCUUUGGGAAUUGCCAGGUCACGGGGUCACGUGAAGUUAGCAGAGUGUCUGGAGCACCUGCAGAGGGAUGAGCAGGCUCAGCUGGGACAGAACCCCAGAGUUCACUGUCCUUCAGGCGACGAGCCCAGCACGGAGAGCUGGGUGAGCCAGUGGCACAGCGAAGCCAUCAGCUCCCCAGAAAUACCCAAAGGGGUCACUGUCAUCGCAAGUACCAACCCAGAGCUGAGAAGACCUCGGUCUGAACCCUCUAAUUACUACAGCAGUGAGAGCCACAAAGAUUAUCCAGCUCCCAAAAAGCAUAAAUUGAACCCCGAGUACUUCCAGGCAAGGCAGGAGAAGCUGCUGUCCACUGCACUGAGUCUGGAACAGCCAAAUAUCAGGAAGCAAAGCCCUAGUUCUAAGCAGCCUGUCCCCGAGACAAUCAGCCCCAGUGAAGGAUUGAGGGACUACAGCCGGGAGAUCUCCCCUCCCACUCCAGAGACUGCAGGAUUCCUCCACGCCUCUGCAUCCCAGCCGGUAGUAAAAUGGAACCCCAAAGAUCUUUACAUUGGUGUGUCUACAGUACAGGUGACUGGAAAUCCGAAGGGGACCAGUGUAGGCAAGGAUGCAGCACCUUCACAGGUGCGUCCACGGGAACCCAUGAGUGUCUUGAUGAUGGCUAACAGAGAGGUGGUGAAUGCCGAGCUGGGGUCCUACCGUGAUGGCACAGAGGGUGAGGAGUGCCCACAGCCCGUGGAUGACAUACAGGUGAACAUGAUGACCUUGGCAGAACACAUCAUUGAAGCCACACCUGAACGGAUCAAGCAGGAGAACUUUGUGCCCAUGGAGUCCCCGGCGUUGGACAGGACAGACGCGGCCACCAUUAGCAGUACCAUGAGCUGGCUGGCCGGUUACCUGGCUGACGUAGACCAUCUGCCAAAUGCUGCCCAGAUCAGAAGUGCAUAUAAUGAGCCUCUCACCCCUUCUUCUAAUACCAGCCUGAGCCCUGUAGGCUCACCAGUCAGUGAAAUAACUUUUGAGAAGCCCAGCCUUCCCUCUGCAGCAGACUGGUCUGAGUUCCUGAGUGCAUCCACCAGUGAGAAGGUGGAGAAUGAAUUUGCUCAGCUGACCCUGUCUGAUCACGAACAGAGAGAACUCUACGAAGCGGCCAGGCUUGUCCAGACAGCUUUCCGGAAAUACAAGGGCCGACCCUUACGGGAGCAGCAGGAAGUGGCGGCAGCUGUCAUUCAGCGUUGUUACAGAAAAUAUAAACAGCUGACAUGGAUAGCCUUGAAGUAUGCACUUUACAAAAAGAUGACCCAGGCUGCCAUCCUGAUCCAGAGCAAAUUCCGGAGUUACUACGAACAAAAAAAGUUCCAGCAGAGCCGGCGUGCCGCUGUGCUAAUCCAGAAGUUCUACCGGAGUUAUAAGAAGUGUGGCAAGAGACGGCAGGCGCGCCGGACAGCAGUCAUCGUACAGCAGAAGCUCAGGAGCAGUUUGCUAACCAAAAAGCAGGACCAGGCUGCUCGAAAAAUAAUGAGGUUUCUACGCCGUUGUCGCCACAGCCCCCUGGUGGACCAUAGGCUGUACAAAAGGAGUGAAAGAAUUGAAAAAGGCCAAGGAACUUGA